UUUCGCCGUCGCCAAGCAGUCCGAAGCUCCUUCCCCCUGCAGCACCGCACAGCACUCUCUUUCUCCAGCAGAACCGCUCAGCAGCUCCUCUGUGGCUCUGUCUUCUCAAGUACAGUUUGGCACCCUCAACAAUCAAAUUUCUCAAUUCUUGUCUGUUUGGGUCCGUCAAUGGAAGAAGAUACAAUUAAAAAAACUUGUAAAUUGUGUGGCAAUGUGGGCAUGUCCGACGGAUUAGAUGGCUUCUACUACUGCCUCCAGUGUGGGUCUCAGGAUGAUGACGUCCGUGAUAUGGGUGUUAACGAUGAAGACUUAAUUGACGAUGGCCGCGGUGCCCUAUACCAGAGUAGUCGACGCCGCACUCUUCAUUCAUCCGUUGCAUCCCAGGCUUCACAGUGCCCCCCACAAUCGCAGUCAUAUUGGUCUCAAUUAACCCAAGAAGAUGCUGCAAAUUUAACUCAAAACAGUAUGCCGGUAAAGAGAGAGCGGGAGGAAUGGGAUUUUGAUGGGGUAGGACCAACAGACCCUGAGGAUUUUGGGUCUUUAGGUGGUUCAGUGGAGUUGGGCUAUGAGGAUUACUAUAAUGAGGUGAGGGGAAGGUAUGUGAUGGGGUUGCAGAAGAUGAUUCAGUUACAAUGUGAGGCUUUGGUAGAGAAGUUCAAUGUGACUCCAUUGAUUUAUGGGGUUGCUGGCACCAUUUGGUUGCGGUUCGUGGCUAGUACAGAGGUUUUCAAUGAUGAAUGGGCUGAUGAGGUCAUUCAGGACUCCGAGUUUCAAACAUCAGGUGAACCCAAAAAGCCUCGUAAGCUGUUCCGAGCAGAGCCUCAUAAUUUAUACGGACAGCGAGCCGUGAUGGUUUGGUGUAGAAAUUUGAGAAAGAGGAUACAAUUGUCAUGUUCUUUAGCUGUUUCUUUUCUGGCUUGUCAUGUUGCUGGGGAACCAAUAUUGCCUACAGAUUUAGUGAAGUGGUCAAAUGAGGGGAGACUUCCCUUUUUUGCUGCUUAUGUGGAAAUUGAAAAAGAAAAAGAAUUUUCUCAGUCUUCAUGGGCCUGUCCUAUAAGUUCAAGUUUUAUGUUCAGGCCUUCUAAAUCCAUCCAUGCACAAACGUUGGAAUCUUUUGCUGCGUCAAUUGCUCAAGCCAUAGGCUUGCUUUUGCCUUCAGUUAACUUCCAUGGGAUUGCUUCACGGUAUAUCCGGCAAUUAUCUCUUUCGUUGGAGAAGAUUCUUCCUCAUGCAUGCCGCAUAUAUGAAUGGUCAAAGCCCCCUGAAUUAUGGUUAUCAGAAAAUGAGUUGAGGCUCCCUACUCGUGUAUGUGUAAUGUCGAUACUGAUUGUGGCAAUACGAAACCUGUAUAAUAUACAUGGUUUUGGGGCAUGGGAAAGAAGUUUGUCUGGUGCCCAAGAAAGAGACAAUUCUAAUAAAGUUUCUGGUUCUUCUUCCAAGACUAAUGGUUUGCGUGCAAAAUCUGUGAGAAACCUCUCCUAUGCAAAGAAUCCAGAUUUGGAUGCUUCAGAGCUCCUGAGCAAACUUGAAGCAAGAUAUAAUGGGAAUGUUGAAGGCCAUGAUUCUUCCAAGGACUUGCAAAUGUAUCUCCAGUUCUGCAGGGUCACGACAUUCCCUGAGUAUAAGCCGUCAGUUGACGAUCAUGAAGAAGAGAAGACAACAAAAAGGUUCUUGGCAUUCUACCAGAAUAUGAAGGAUCCUGAGCCACCAGGAGACAAUUGUCCACAGCUUAGCCCAGACGUCAAACACUCGCCACAGAAUUCUCAGGGCACUCAAAAUGCAAAUCCCGCUGUUGAUGAUGCUUCAGCCGAGAGUUUUCAAAGUAAAGCAAUCAGAAAACUGAAAUUAGACAUGGAGGAGCAUAGGUUCUGUUAUAUUCCACCAAGGAGCAACAUUAAGGUACUCGAUUACCUUCACUAUGUUCGGAAGAGGAAUGCAGGCGGCCUAACAUAUUCUGCCCACGCGGAUUACUACAUAUUGCUUCGUGCUUGUGCUCAGAUUGCCCAGGUAGACGUUCGUAUUAUGCAUUUGGGGGUAUUAAGUUUUGAGAUGAGACUUGCUUGGUUGGAGAAGAUGACUGACCACUGCUUACAAGUGGCAUCUCCUAAUGUCAGUCGUGAUUCUUGGGAUAAUCAAGAGAAGCUUGUAGAUUCAUAGACUGAUGACAUGCUAAAUUGGAUCGACUCCUUCACUGCUCGAUAGCCAGCUGCUCGGUUUUGCAAACGUAUUAGUUGAUUAGACUAAGAAUCAGGAGGGUGACUGUUUUGUAUCACACAGGUAGAAAUCGAGAGCUUUGGGGUUUCCUAAGUGUACCUUAGAGGAUGCUUUGACGCUCAAGUUAGUUCGGUAGAAAAGAAGUCUAUUGAGAUUGCUCUGUGCUUGAAGCUCUCUCUUUAGCCAGCAGUGAAUAUCAAGAAUGUGAGAGAUAUUUACAUGAGUGGAGAUUACAUCGUAUAUGAAUUUUGAAUUAUUGAUUACCCUUGAUUGCUGGAGUGAUUUUUAAGUGUGAAUUCUCUAAAGAUCUCUUGCAGAUCUCGUUCUUGUUCGGUGAUGAGUGCUCGUCGGUAACCCGAAGGGUUUUGGUCAUAUGGAGUUCUCGAAUCUAUGCCUGUGGAGUUAUAUUGUCAAGGUGACAAUUGGGUUGUCGGGAUGCUCCCUAGCACGAUCUUCUCUUCCUCAAGUCUAUGUGGUGACCUAUGUCAGCAUCUCAACGGAGGAGUGUUUUUGAUAGUGAAUUGAUGAUGUACUUUAUGACUUUUCUUAGGGCAUGGCAUCCUUGAUGAUAAUAUGUAUGGUUGCUCUUAUGAUUUCUAAAGAGAGGUUACCAAGUUCAAUGUUGCA